UCGAGAGAGUGUACCGAUAGCGUGGGGUGUAUGUAUUUCUGCUGCUGGAGAACUAAAUAAAGGAUUGCUACCAGAACGUCCAUUCGCCUGCGUGUGCUGAGUGUCGCACUACACCCCGACGCGUUGCUAUAUUCUCAUAAAUAUCAGUAUGCCCUGGGCUGGUGUUGGUAGUGUAAUAGCAUCUAUUAGCUGUAAUAAAAACCUAGAAAUAAGCAGUUUUUAUUCUGGUGCGUCCAUGUGAUCUCCCAAACGGGCGUUGGCUGAGCGCAGCUCUUAGAGGGACCUCUUUACUCAGUGUAAAUAAUAACGGAAUGUGAACUCAAAUACACGUCUGUGUGCAUUAAGUGGGACCACAUUAAACAAACAACACAUAGGCCUACUGAAUGCACUUACACAUCCGAACUCGACCUCUUUUUUUCUGAAUUAAAGAACAAACCAGACUGUGUGUUCUUCCCCGAGUGGCGCCCUGUCCCACCCAUCUCCACAGAUUUAACCGUUAGUGAGCACCCAGGUGAAUGAGCGUGAGGUUCGGCGGGCUCAGAAUAAACCUAAGUGGGCCGGACUUGAAGGUAGCGAAGCGGCCUGGCAGUUAUGGAGACAAAUAUUUCCCCUCUGGAUCAGCAAGGCGGAGGAAAAGGUGAGGAGACAGAGGGCUGCUUUGUCCCCUUCUCCGACAGGUCACAGCUCCCGAUCACUACCCACCAAAAUCCACCUAUUCCUCUCUCCCACCAACAGUCCUUCACCCCUUAAUCCCACCUUCCAGCUGCCCUUGUCCCCCUGGGCCCUCCUGGAGCUCACAUAGACCUUCUUACUUAGGAGAUGCUAUCGCUUCUCUGCCGUUCCCUCCUGCUCAUCCUCGCUCAACAGUGCUUCAGCUGGGCUCAGAAUAAUGGGCAGCUGGCUCCACGAGACAGGGGCGCCGCGGCCGAGAGGCGGCAGUUCUGCCAGUGGCCCUGCAAGUGUCGGCAGCGCCCCCACUGCGCCCCGGGGGUGAGCUCAGUCCUGGACGGAUGCGGCUGCUGCAAGAGCUGCGCGAGGCAGAUCGGAGACCCGUGCAACGAGAGGGAUGUCUGCGACCCGCACAAGAGCAUGUACUGCGACUUCUCAGCCGACAAGCCGAGAUACGAGGUCGGAGUGUGUGCAUACUUGAUGGCAGUGGGCUGUGAUCUAAAUGGUGCCCACUAUGAGAAUGGAGAGGGCUUCCAGCCCAGCCCCCUCUACAAGUGCACAUGUAUUGCUGGAGCAAUCGGCUGCACCCCCGCUUUCAUCCAGAAGCCUGUUAGUCUCUUGAGCCCCGCCCCGCUGAUGGGCAACUUGCCAGCCGGCCUUCGCAGCAGCCUGAGCCCAAAAAAACACCGGCAGGACACAACCUACAUGUCAGCUUACAGGGAUCCUCCUUUAGCCUGGAAGAAGAACUGUCUGAUCCAGAGCACCCCCUGGAGCCCAUGCACCAAAACCUGCGGCCUGGGCAUCUCUGUGCGCGUCAACAACGACAACGGCAAGUGCGAGAUGAGGAAGGACAGACGUCUGUGUCUGCUGCGGCCGUGUGAGAAGAGCGUGAUGAGGAGUGUUAAGGUGCAAAAGGGAAAGACUUGCCGACCUAAAUUCCAAGCAAAGAAAGCGGAGAAGCUGACACUCUCAGGCUGCACCAGCACCAAAAAGUUCAAGCCAAUGUACUGCGGCGUGUGUACGGACAAGCGCUGCUGUGUCCCCAAUAAGUCGAGCAUGAUCAAGGUUAACUUCACGUGCAAGGCGGGCUCCAACACCGAGUGGAAGAUGCAGUGGAUCACGUCCUGCGUGUGCCAGAGGAAGUGCAACGAUCCAGGCGACAUGUUUUCUGACCUGCGACUUCUGUAGCGGAUCUGAUCAGGACACGGGAGGGGGUGAUCCCUGCUGCUGCAGACUAAGGACAGAAACAUGUGCACACUCUGGUCAUUAGGUUCUCCUCAGCAGCGUCGAUGUGCCUCAAAAAGUAAAAAAGAAAAAAAAAAAAAAAGUAGCUGGGA